GGCCGAAGCGGCGGCGUAUAUACGCCCCUGGAACCCCCAUAUAAACCAACUCACAGACGGCGAAGUUUCUGCACUCUUCUUCCUCCCUGUUCACAGCCCUCCAGCAGCAAGCAGCAGCAGCACUUGAUUAUUGUCAUCAUUUCUAGUGCUAAUGCCGGAGGAUAUUUCCACCGACCGCCCUCUCUUUGGCGGUGCUAUUUCCAGCACCUUCCCUGUCAGAUUCCAGGAUGUUAGCAAUAUUCGACAAGUUCCAGACCAUCAAGAAGUAUUCGCGGACCCAAGUCGAGAUGAAAGCUUGGUUUUCGAGCUACUAGAUUUGAAGCCUGAUAUCAACGACAAUGGAAGCGCCGUUUGGUUUCUUCAAGACCUCGCGAAUGAGCAAGACGCCCAAGGGUUUACUCUGGUUGACCAGUGGGUGGUUGAGGUUCCCAUUGGGGAUUCUUCAGCUCUUUUUACAACAGCGAUUGGGCAGAUGGGGAUUUCCAAAGGACGACAAGGAAGGGAAGCCCAGAAUGUUGUGCGGGUUUAUUUGGCCAAUCUUCGACUUAAGAAUGCUGGGACUGAUGUUCUCGUUGUGGCUCAUGAGCCCAUUUUGAUUAGCCCUUUGAGUGAAAGUGCUUCCGCUGUUGGCCCCGGCUUACUUCCUGCUGCGCAGUCUGGGUUCUUGCCCAUGUCUGAGGUUUUUAAGGUUGCUGUUUCUAGUUUCAAAGUCAAUGACUGGUCCCUAUUUGGUGGUUCUGGUAAUUGAAGCACAGGGAAGAUAUAGUUUUGGUACAUUUUUCAAUAUUUGGUUAUUUGGACUAGUUUAGUAGCUUUCUAAGUAACUUCAAUUUGAUGAGAUUAAAUCAAAUGCUAGUGUGUAAAUUAUUUUGUGCAAAUUUUUCUGAAGUAACCCUAAAGUCAUUGCGAAUGAUACCUAUGUCUCUCUUGUAUUUA